AUGGAGUUCUUGCUAAGCGCUCUGCGGUCGAUACUGACAUCGCCGCUCCUUCUCAUCUCGUCCAUCUUUGGACUGCUCUUUGCCUAUAUCUUCGCUAUAAUAAUCUACCGUCUCACAUUUCACCCACUUGCAAAAUACCCAGGACCUUUCCUCGCCAAAAUCACCGAUAUCUACCUAGCCUACUAUGCAUACAAAGGAAGCCGCCAUCUGGCUUUCCACCGUGCACACGUCCAGUAUGGACCUUAUGUACGCCUUGGACCCAAUUUACUCUCAGUCAACACUGCGACCGGUCUGAAAGCCAUUUAUGGCUUCCGCAGCAACGUACGAAAAGCGAGCUUCUAUGAAGCUUUCCCGAGCACACCAAAAGCGGUUAGUGUGCACUCUGCCAUCGACAAGAUGCAGCAUGCACGCAAGAGGAGAGUCAUGAGCCAUGCCUUCAGUGAUUCAGCGAUCAAGAGUUUGGAGAAGUAUAUUCUCGCGAACGUAAGAGUGGGAUGUGAGAUGCUUGCAAGGAGGUCUGAUGGCAGUGUUGAGAAGCGAGCGGAUGACAAAGGCUGGAAUACCCAAUGGAACGCAGCACACUGGUGCGAGUGGCUAGUUUUCGACAUCAUGGGUGACUUAGUCUUUGGCAAAGCAUUUGGCAUGCUAGAGAGUCCACGCAACAGAUUCGCAACACAGUUGGUGAGUAAUGCCGCGCACCGACAUCUCAUCUGUGGUACUCACCUCACCAUCCACAACUGGCAUCUUGACAAGCUCUUCUUCCGCAAGAUCGCUGGCCAGCGAGCACAAUACAUGCAAUACAGCAAGGCGCAAGCUAUGGAGCGAACCAAGCUUGGUCUUGACGUCGACCGCAAGGACUUUUUCUACUACCUCCUCAACGCCAAAGACCCCGAGACUGGCGCAGGUUUCAGCAUGGACGAGCUCUGGGGAGAGUCAAACCUGCUCAUCAUCGCUGGCUCAGAUACCACCUCAACCGCCAUGGCUGGCACGUUCUUCUAUCUUGCACACAACCCCAUCGCUAUGCAGAAGCUCUGCAAGGAGAUCCGCGAAAAGUUUUCAGACGUGGAGGAGAUCAUUACUGGACCGAAACUCGGUAGCUGCUCGUUCUUGAGGGCGUGUAUCGAUGAGACGAUGCGCAUGACACCUCCAGUGGCCGGCGCCCUACCCCGCCAAAUUCUCCCUGGCGGCAUGGAAAUCGACGGACACCACAUCCCCGCUGGCGUCGAUGUCGGCGUCCCCAUCUACGCAAUUCAUCACAACCCCGCGUGCUUUCCCCGUCCGUUCGACUACCUUCCUGAGCGCUGGCUCGCAGAUCCCUCGGCCAACCCUUUGCAUGAUCGUCUUCCAGAUGCACAAGCUGCGUUCAACCCUUUCAGCAUUGGACCGAGAGGUUGCAUUGGCAAGGGCCUGGCGUAUGUGGAGUUGACGGUUACGAUUGCGCGGGUCUUGUAUCUGUUCGAUAUGAGACUUGCUCCAGGCACGAGUUUGGGUGCUGGAGGUAAGGAUCUUGAGCCGGGUAGGACGAUGGCGAAUGAGUACCAAAUCAUGGACGUUUUUGCGAGUAAGAAAGAUGGACCCAUGCUGGAGUUUAGAGCUAGAGAGUAG